AUUUACUUUUAUCAGAAACAGUUAUUGAGCUACGUAACUUUAAACAUGGCUUCGUAAUGUACUAAAAAGAAUAGUUUUUGCAUAACAUAAAUACGAGCAUAGUGCGGCUCAUGCAUCUGAUUCGCGAACAGUGAAACCAACAAUUGCAAAAUGUCAAAAAACAUUUUGAUACAUUUAAUAAUAUGUGGUAUCGGUGUGUUUAUAGGAGUAUCAGCCUGUAUCUUUUUUUUCGUUAUUCACGGAAACCAUGAGGUUGGAUUUUGGUCAAUCCUAUCAGGUAUUGUAGCUGCAGUAUGUUUUCAUUUACAUUGGGUCAAAGGGAAAGGAACUUUAGUAAGAUGGCACUCGAAAACUACAUUAGAUGUUCUAAAUUAUAUUGGCUUUUCAACUGCCCUUUGUGGUUUCACAGCGAUGAUUUGGUACCUCUUUGUUACAUUUUAUUAUAAUAUUCCAAUUGAACCACUUUCUACAAGUACAUCGAUAACAGCCAUUUAUGCGAUGAUAUGUGGUAAAUGGGGUAUUAUAUUAACAUAUCAUUCUCACAAAUUUGAGCUGAUUAUUCAGGAACAGCAAGCACCAAUAUUGACUGAAAGUAAUACCCAAGAUUUGUUGUACUGAUAAGAGCGAACAGAUUUUUUAUAUACUAGAUUUUUUAUACACUGUUAAAACAUAAAAGUCGAUAAAUCUCUUUUUAAUAAAAUAUAUUCUCAUAAAAAUAUAACAAAAUCAAUUA